GCCCCAGAUCGCGCCAGGGCACUUGGCACUAGCUCCCGCGCUCCAGACUCCAACCACACUUCAGCCCAGCGCCAUGGCCCCUCCCACCCGCCGGCUCCUCAAUGCUGCACUGCUUCUGCUGCUUCUGCUGAUGGCCACCAGCCACCAACCUUCAGGGACUGUUGUGGCCCGUGAGCUGCGCUGUCAGUGCCUGAAGACCCUACCAAGGGUUGAUUUUGAGAACAUCCAGAGCUUGACGGUGACCCCUCCAGGACCGCACUGCACCCAGACAGAAGUCAUAGCCACUCUCAAGGAUGGUCAAGAAGUUUGUCUCAACCCUCAAGCUCCCAGGCUUCAGAAAAUCAUCCAGAAGUUACUGAAGAGUGACAAGUCCAGCUGAGCUGGGAAAAGGGGAAGUCUCUUGUACGGUGAUGGAGGACCUGCCUCAGAAGCAGAGCAGCGAUCCAUCCAAUGCUGCCUGGAUGAGCCUCCGCCUGCUUGCUUUAAACAACUCCUGAGAGUUCAUACCUAUUUAUUUCCCCCAAAUUCUAUGUUAAUAUUUUACAUGUAGAAAAAAAAACCCCUAAGUGUAUAAUUGAAUCUACUUGCAAGAUUGCAUCUUAUUUAAAGUUAUUUAAUGUCAAGUCUAAGUUUAACCAAUCCUUAUUCUUAAUUUGAAGGUUAAAGGUUUCCAGAUCCCCUCAGGGAAUUGUAUUAAUAUUUCUGAGGCAAUUUUCCCCGGCUGACCAUUUUGAUGGCAGCUGGGGUAGUCAGGAAACAGACAAACAAGGUCGUCUCAGUGUAGGAAGAGCAUAUGUGCACGUCUAGUUUGCAACUUUACAAGAUUAGCAGCUAAUCUUAUUAAGUUAUUUAUUGAAGUGGUUUUUACAGCGUCACAGGAAUGAUCGACUUUGUGUUGGAGCUCUAAGAAUUGUGAUGUACUAUAUAUUCUUUAGACAUGAUGACUAUUUAAUGCCUCUUUGUCUUAGAAUGGAGAAGUUUAAAUAUUUAUUGUUAUUUUUACAAAUAAUUUGAAAAUAAAAUAUUGUAAAAUA